AUGAACAUUCCCGUGCAGGACCUGCGCGGCGCCGUGUUCUACGGGUGGCUCUGGAAACGCGGCCACACGUUCAAGACGUGGAAAAAGCGCUUCUUCCUCCUCAACGGCGCGGCGCUCACGUACUACACGCAGUGCUGUGUCAUCACGUGGGACACGACCAACAACAGCAACAACAGCAACAACACUAACAACCACAACAACCACAAGAACAACAACAUCCAGUGCCUCGAUUUGCCCGUGCGCGGCGGCCUCCGCGUCGCAGCGGUCGACGCCUCGGACCUCACGAGCUUUGGCCUCAAAGUCACGAGCUCGAGCGGCCGCGUGCUCUACGUCCAAGCAGGUGACCAGGACGCGCGAUCGCAGUGGCUCAAGGUGCUAAGCCACGCGCCCCAGCGCCGCGCCGCGCACUUGGGACAAGAGCCGCUACGGCAGACAAUGGCGAGCGACCUGUCGUCGCGGCGGUCGUUCCAAUUGGGACUCGACGACCAGUCGCCGUCGAUGGACACAGUGCUGAGCGGCGCGAGCAGCGACGACGACACCACCAGUGGCGGGGCCGACGCCGGCGAGAUGCAGGGCUACUUGACCGUGCGCGGCGGCUUGCUCUCGGGCUGGAAGAAGCGCUACGUCGUGCUCCAGAACGGCCACCUCGGGCUCCGCCGGCGCCGCGUGGGGGGCCCGGAACCCGUGACAAAGCAGCUCGAGGUCUUGUCGGCGGCUGCCUGGCCGGGCCACGCGCAUGGCCUCCGCAUUCGCCUCGCGCACCACAAGGAGCUGUUUGUGUUUGCUGCACACGACGCCGACGCAGCGCUGUGGCUCGCGGCGCUCAAGAGCUGCUAG